AGGGCUUCUACAAUUUUUCUUAUGGCCAAGAUAGUGACAGAGUAAACGCAAUUGGUCUGUGCAGAGGAAAUGUUAAGCCAGAUGCUUGCCGUAGUUGCCUAAACGAUUCGAGAGUCCUUCUCACACAGCGUUGUCCAAAUCAGAAAGAGGCCAUUGGGUGGUAUGAUAACUGCAUGCUGCGUUACUCAAACCGCUCAAUAUUUGAGACCAUGGAAGACUCCCCUAGUUUCUUUAUGUGGAACCCUGGUAAUGCAACCAAUGUUGAUCAAUUCAAUCAAGUACUGAGGAACUUGUUAGAUAGCCUCAUAAGCAAUGCUUCAAUAGGGGACUCUCAGCGUAAGUUUGCUGCAGCAAAUGUAUCAGGACCAGGCUUUCAAACUAUAUAUGGUCUUGUGCAGUGUACACCUGACUUGUCAGAACAAGAAUGCAGUAAAUGUUUGUUUGAGGCAAUCACAGUAAUUCCACAUUGUUGUGAUGGCAAGAAAGGUGGUAGAGAUAUAACACCCAGUUGUAACUUCAGAUAUGAGAUAUACCCCUUCUACGAUUCUACCAACGUUGUAUUACCACCACCACUUGCUCUUCCUCCUUCAUCAACAGAUGUCUUGUCCACAGAAGGAAAAAGCAACACAUCUCGAACUGUAAUAGCAAUAGUUGUGCCAAUUAUUGCCUUUGUCACACUAGUAAUCCUUAUCUGCAUCUAUUUAAGAAUGAGGUCACGGAAACAAAUUGAAGUUGAAGCAGAAAAUGAUGAUGAAAUUGGAUCAGUGGAGACAUUACAAUUGGACUUCGCCACAAUCGUGGCUGCUACCAACAACUUUUCUGAUGCAAAUAAGCUAGGACAAGGAGGAUUUGGCCCUGUUUACAAGGGUCGGCUCUCCAAUGGCCAGGAAGUUGCAGUAAAAAGGUUGUCUAGGAAUUCCCUCCAAGGAGACAUGGAGUUCAAGAAUGAAGUGCUCUUAGUGGCCAAGCUUCAGCACCGAAAUUUGGUUAAGCUACUUGGAUUCUGUUUGGAAAGAAGAGAAAGGCUACUGGUAUAUGAAUUUGUUCCUAAUAAAAGCCUUGAUUUCUUCAUAUUUGAUCAAAUUAGACGUUCACAGUUGGAUUGGGAAAAACGGUACAAAAUCAUAAGAGGCAUUACUAGAGGUCUUCUUUACCUUCACGAAGAUUCACGAUUGAGAAUUAUUCAUCGUGAUCUUAAAGCAAGCAACAUUCUAUUAGAUGCAGUGAUGCAUCCUAAAGUAUCAGAUUUUGGUAUGGCAAGAUUAGUCGAAAUUGAUCAAACUCAAGGCAAUACUAAUAGAAUUGUUGGAACAUAUGGUUACAUGGCACCAGAGUAUGUUAUGUAUGGACAAUUCUCGGUGAAGUCUGAUGUUUUUAGUUUUGGUGUACUGGUUUUGGAGAUUGUAAGUGGCCAGAAAAAUAGUUGCGCACGUAGAGGGGAGAAUGUAGUGGAUCUACUAACUUCUACUAGGCAAAACUGGAGGGAAGGAACAGCCUCAAACAUUGUUGAUCCGGCAAUCACUGAUGGUUCGAGAAAUGAAAUGAUGAGAUGUAUCCACAUUGCGUUGCUUUGUGUUCAGGAAAAUGUGGCUGAUAGACCAACCAUGGCUUCUGUUGCACUUAUGCUUAACAGCUACUCUGUUACUCUUCCAUUGCCUUCACAACCUGCUUUCUCUAUUGAUAGUAGAAGUUUAUCAGUGAUUCAAUCAGAAGAGAAUGAUUCAGAGGCAGGAACAUCAGAAGAAUCAAAUAUUCAAUCUGUACAAGCAUCUGUAAACGAGGCUUCCAUUACUGAGCCAUUUCCUCGCUAGCUAGAGUUUACUCAUCAAAGUCACACUUGUAGACUCGUACUUACCGAUUUCUUAUUUCUUCUGCUUUUUUUUCACUGUACCCGUUACCGGGAAUAAACUGAUUAUGUAUCGUAAGAACUUUUAACAAAACAGAUACACAUAAAAGAUAGGUGUAUCUCUGCUGCUGGAAGUUUCCUGGAAAAAGAAGCUGGAAGUAAACUUGUUUUUAUGA